CUACGUAGCUGGAGCCCCGCCCCCUCCGCUGUUGCCGAGCGACAGAGGAAGCUUCCCGAGCCUCGCUCCUCUCUCUGCGAACCCUUCAUCUCUGAAGCUCGUUCUCUUUCUCCUCCGACCCACGCCAUGGAGGUGACAAUGGACCCGCUGUUUCUGGCCUGGAGCUAUUCCAGGAGGCGGAAACUCCAACAGUGCUCGGACAUCUGUACCAAAAUAUUACAAGACAACCCAUACGACCAGGAUUCCUCCUUGUUUAUCUCAGAGGCUGCCUGGGGCCUGAAAACUCGUGCCCUGACAGAGAUGGUAUACAUAGACGAAGUUGAGGUCGACCAGGAGGGCAUUGCUGAGAUGAUGCUGGAUGAGAGCUCGAUAGCUCAAGUUGCACGACCGGGAACAUCACUGAGGCUCCCGGGAACAAGUCAGGGCGGAGGCCCCACAGCAGCUGUCAGGCCUAUGACACAAGCCGGGCGUCCCAUCACAGGGUUUGUGAGACCCAGCACACAAUCAGGGCGUCCUGGGACAAUGGAGCAGGCCAUCAGAACUCCCCGCACUGCGAGCACUGCUCGGCCAGUCACGAGUGCUUCUGGUAGAUUCAUCCGUCUGGGAACGGCUUCAAUGCUGACCAAUCCAGAGGGACCAUUUAUUAACUUGUCAAGACUAAAUUUGGCCAAGUAUUCCCAAAAGCCCAACUUGUCCAGGACGCUGUUUGAGUACAUCUUCCAUCAUGAAAACGAUGUGAAAAAUGCUUUAGAUUUGGCUGCGCAAGCUACUGAACACGCUCAGUUCAAAGACUGGUGGUGGAAAGUUCAGCUUGGAAAAUGUUACUACAGGCUUGGCUUAUAUCGAGAAGCAGAAAAACAGUUUCGAUCAGCUCUCAACCACCAAGAGGUGGUGGACACAUUUCUCUAUCUGGCAAAGGUUUACCAGCGUCUUGAUCAACCAAUAACAGCACUCAAUCUUUUCAAGCAAGGCCUCGACCACUUCCCUGGUGAGGUCACCCUUUUAACAGGGAUCGCUCGGAUUCAUGAGGAGAUGAACAACAUUUCAUCAGCCACAGAGUACUACAAAGACGUGCUGAAGCAGGACAACACUCACGUGGAGGCUAUAGCGUGUAUAGGCAGCAAUCACUUCUAUACUGAUCAGCCAGAGGUCGCCCUGCGGUUCUACAGGCGGCUGCUCCAGAUGGGGGUGUAUAACUGCCAGCUGUACAACAACCUGGGCCUGUGCUGCUUCUACGCGCAGCAGUACGAUAUGACUCUGUCGUCCUUUGAGAGGGCUCUGGCCCUGGUGGACAAUGAUGAGGAGCAGGCUGACGUUUGGUACAACAUAGGCCAUGUGGCCGUGGGCAUAGGAGACUUGACACUGGCCUACCAGUGUUUUAAGUUGUCUCUGGCUUUUAACAAUGACCACGCUGAGGCCUACAACAACUUGGCUGUGCUGGAGUUACGCAAAGGUCGUGUUGAGCAGUCUAAAGCCUUCCUACAGACAGCUGCAUCCCUGGCCCCUCACAUGUACGAGCCACACUUCAAUCUCUCCAUUCUCUCUGAAAAGAUUGGAGACCUUCAGAGCAGCUACACCGCAGCUCAAAAGUCUGAGGAUGCUUUUCCUGAGCACGUUGACACUCAGCAGCUUCUCAAGCAACUUCGGCAGCACUUUGCAGUGGUGUGAGCGUCAGCCGGCGGACGG